AGAUGGUAAUAUGCCGCCUACUACUCUUGUAGGAAUGCAAGUAGGAUGUAUACUAAAGUUUUAAAUUACCUACGAGACAGGUCUAUCUAUUCGCCGGUCUACGUUCGCUUACUCGUGGUGUCAGCUGGUAGGAGUCUUGCCAAAGUUUUAUAUUGAUGAGGUUAGUGGAUUGAACCCCCAGUCCACUUCCAGCUGUCGUGUGAAUAGUUUCUUUGGAUGCCAGUCUAACUAUAUCAAAAUGUCGGUGCAGUUUUUUAUACUGUGCACCUUGGUAUCCAUCGCGUCAGCCGCGGUGAAACUUCAGGAGUUGUAUGCCUGGAACGCGUUGGACUGGAAUUACCCAGACCAGUAUACCAGACAACAGGCCAUCCAAACGGGGGCGCUAAUACCCGAGAAUGCCCUGCCCGUGGGUAUCGAGAGGUGGAGAAACAAGCUAUUUGUCAGCGUCCCUAGGUGGUUUGCAGGUGUACCUGCGACUUUGAACUAUAUCCCGCUGGAUGCACCUUACGAACCAUCGCCAAAACUAAACCCCUACCCGAAUUGGGCAGGCAAUGCGCUCGGCGACUGUGAAAAUGGGCUCAACACAGUCUACAGGAUCAAAGCCGACAAGUGCGACAGACUCUGGGUGUUAGACGUCGGCACCUAUGGAUAUGAUCCGAACGUUACGAACCUCUGCCCGUACAGUCUCAACGUUUAUGACCUAAACACAGACCAGCGAAUCCGGCGGUACGUGUUUCGACCUGAGGACAUCGUGCCCUCCACUUUCAUUGCCAACAUAGCCCUCGACGAAGGCCCAACCUGUGACGACACCUUUGCCUAUUUUUCCGAUGAACUCGGAUAUGGUCUCAUCGCUUAUUCUUGGAGACAGAACAAAUCCUGGCGAUUCAGUCACAGCUACUUUUUCCCCGACCCACUUCUUGGUGACUACAAUAUUGCAGGUCUCAAUUUCCAAUGGGGAUCUGAAGGAAUUUUUGGGAUCAGUGCGUCUGCAGUCGGCCCAGACGGCUUUAGAACUCUUUAUUUCAGUCCACUCUCCAGUAAUACUGAAUUCGCCGUCUCUACUCGUAUUCUGAGAGACGAAACGAAAGUCAGUGGAUCAUACCGCGAUUUUAAAGUGGUCGGGGACCGUGGCCCCAACAGCCACACAACUGCCAAAGUCAUGGACGAGAGUGGUGUGCAACUCUUCGAUCUGAUUGAUCAGAACGCAAUUGGAUGUUGGAAUACUUUUCGACCAUUGAAGCCGCAAAACGUGGCCAUCGUGGAUAAGGAUGACGUCGGGUUAGUUUUCCCGAGUGACGUGAAAAUUGAUGCAGAACGCAACGUGUGGGUGAUGUCGGAUAGGAUGGCGGUGUUCUUGGAAUCGCAGCUAGAUUACAGCGACAUCAAUUUCAGAAUUUAUACGGCACCAUUAGACAAACUGCUCGAAGGAACGGCAUGCCAGUUGCCGGCGCAGUAUUAUAAGGUCCAAAAUACUGAACUAACAAAUUAUUAUGAUCCUUUCUUAAACCCUAACCCCCAACCGUUGCCGCCAUAUGUAGCGCCGGCGGUCCCGCAGAGCCAGAACCAAGAGCCAUUUAAUAAUCCUCAGCUAACAAAAAACAUAAUUCCUCAAGUUUCAGCGUACACUCCCAAGCUAACACAGAUGCCUAAUAGAACACCUCAACCGAGUAAAUGGUGGCAAAGAAGUUAUGACGUAUACGAAAACGUCUAAAUUAUAAGUAACUUAAAUAGAUAUAUGAUAACUGACGAAGAUGCAUGUUCCGUUACUAAUUCCUAUAAUUUAAAGGGAGAAUGAUAGCGUGGUUAGAUAUAUGUAUGUUUGUUGUUCUGAAUUUGAAAGAAUGUGCAUUAUAUUUAAUUGCAUACAUCCUGCGAGGUAACAAACUCAUAAUAAGCUAAAAUGACAAAGGUAAUUACUAUUUUAUGUUAUAGAAAUAUAGAUGGCCUUAUGAGCAUCACUAAUUGAUAAUUACCUACAUACAACUAUAAUAAAAUAUAAUAUAACUUUAAAAAAGAGGUUAUAGUAGAGAGCUAUAAGUGAUGAUUGUCAUGUUAGAUGUUAGAUUUUAAUGUCUGAAAAUAAUUAAGUAUAACAUGUCCUAUGACAAUAAAUAUAUAUCGCUUUUA